GGGAGCGAUGCUGUGCGUGGUUAGAGGAAGUGUGCGCGCUGCUGCCCGCCGACAGCCAGACGCACUGGUGCUGCCGGCAGUCGGGCAAGGUGCGUCUGCAGCACCGACAUGGGCACUGCUGCGGGACUGCGAUCUGCUGGGAGGACGUGGGCUCUGAGUUCUCAUGGCAUCUGCUACCUGGGCAUCGCUGCCAUCACAUGGGGUGUGGUGAUGCGGAUGGAGGUGGGUGCCUGGAAGUACCACUACAGUGACCAAGGGGACUACACGUGGGAGCAGGCCAGGAACUACUGCCAGACCUUCUUCACUGACCUAGUGGCAAUCCAGAACAAGCGGGAGAUUGAGUACCUCAAUGAGAGCCUGCCCUUCCACAACCGCUACUACUGGAUUGGCAUCCGCAAGCUGAACGGCAUCUGGACCUGGGUGGGCACCAAGAAGGCACUGACGAAGGAGGCGGAGAACUGGGCAGCUGGGGAGCCCAACAACCGCCGCUCCAACCAGGACUGCGUGGAGAUCUACAUCAAGCGGCCACGGGAGUCGGGCAAGUGGAACGAUGAGCCCUGCAACCGGAGGAAAAAGGCGCUGUGCUACCAGGCCUCCUGCCCACCCAUUCCAUGCAGCCAGCGCGGCGAGUGCGUGGAGACCAUCGGGAGCUAUCAUUGCGAGUGCUACCCUGGCUUCUAUGGCCCCGAGUGCGAGGCUGUUGUGCAGUGUGCUGAGCUUGAGCCCAGGGGAGCACGCAUGAACUGCAGCCAUCCCUACGGAGACUUCAGCUACAACUCCACCUGCGUGUUUGGGUGCCACGAGGGGUUUGAGCGGCAAGGGGCUGGCACGCUGCGGUGCCUGCCUUCCCAGAAGUGGUCAGCAGACAUCCCCACGUGCACAGCCAUCACCUGCCCAGAGCUCAGUGCUCCAGACCGGGGAGAGCUGAACUGCUCCCACCUCCACGGGGACUUUGCCUUCGGCUCCACGUGUUCCUUCUCCUGUCAGAUGGGGUUUGAGCUGAUGGGGUCAGAGAGCCGAGAGUGCACAGCCACAGGGACCUGGACAGGGGAUGCCCCACGCUGUGAAGCCAUCACCUGCCCUGUGCUCAGCGCUCCAGACUGGGGAGAGUUGAGCUGCUCCCACCUCCACGGGGACUUCACCUUUGGCUCCACGUGUGCCUUCUCCUGCCAGGCAGGGUUUGCACUAAUGGGGCCAGAGAGCCGCAAAUGCACAGCCACAGGGACCUGGACUGGGGAUGCCCCACGCUGUGAAGCUGUUGCCUGCCCAGUGCUCAGUGCUCCAGACCACGGAGAGCUGAACUGCUCCCACCUCCAUGGGGACUUCACCUUUGGCUCCACGUGUGCCUUCUCCUGCCGGCCAGGGUUUGCACUGAUGGGGCUGGAAAGCCACGAGUGCACAGCCACAGGGACCUGGACUGGGGAUACCCCACGCUGUGAAGCCAUCACCUGCCCUGUGCUCAGUGCUCCAGACCACGGAGAGCUGAACUGCUCCCACCUCCAUGGGGACUUUGCCUUUGGCUCCAUGUGUGCCUUCUUCUGUCAGAUGGGGUUUGCGUUGAUGGGGUUGGAGAGCCGAGAGUGCACGGCCACAGGGACCUGGACCGGGGAUGCCCCACGCUGUGAAGCCAUUGCCUGCCCUGUGCUCAGUGCUCCAGACCACGGAGAGCUGAACUGCUCCCACCUCCAUGGGGACUUUGCCUUCGGCUCCACGUGUGCCUUCUCCUGCCAGGCAGGAUUUGCGCUGAUGGGGCUGGAGAGCCGAGAGUGCACAGCCACAGGGACAUGGACUGGGGUUGCCCCACAAUGCAAAGCCAUCACCUGCCCUGUGCUCAGUGCUCCAGACCACGGAGAGCUGAACUGCUCCCACCUCCAUGGGGACUUUGCCUUUGGCUCCACGUGUGCCUUCUCCUGUCAUACGGGGUUUGCCUUGAUGGGGUUGGAGAGCCGAGAGUGCACGGCCACAGGGACCUGGACUGGGGAUCCUCCACACUGUGAAGCCAUUGCCUGCCCGGUGCUCAGUGCUCCAGACCAUGGAGAGCUGAACUGCUCCCACCUCCAUGGGGACUUUGUCUUUGGCUCCACGUGUGCCUUCUCCUGCCAGGCAGGGUUUGCACUGGUAGGGAUGGAGAGUCGCGAAUGCACAGCCACAGGGGCAUGGACUGGGGACACCGCACAAUGCAAAGUCAUCAGCUGCCUGGUGCUGGACCCCCCCAGCAGAGGCCAGCUGAGCUGCUCUCACACGCAUGGGAACUUCACAUACAACUCCACGUGCACUUUUUCCUGCGAGGAGGGGUUUAUUCGGAGGGGAGCAGAGGUGCUCCGAUGUGCGGCCACAGGGAACUGGACUAGGCAUGCCCCUGUCUGCACAGAGGACGGUGCCACCUUCUUAAAGGAAGUCUUGGCUUACAGCAGUGGCACAGCUCUGGCAGUAGCCGGCAUUGUGCUCUCUGGGAUGCUCAUUGCCCUCCUUGCCAAGCGGCUCAGCGACAGAGAUGAGAAGAAGAAGCUCCUGAACCCCACCAGUGACCUCGGAUCACCGGGCAUCUUCACCAAUGCAGCGUACGAUGCCAACCUGUAAGCCUGGCCGUGACCAAACCCCACCGCGACCGCCGGUGCCGCAGACCCGGCGGGAGUUACUGCCCGGGCCCGGGGGGCUGCGUGCCCCCGCCAGAGCCCGGGCCGCCGCUGCCAGCGGAGACCGCAGGUGCGCCCCGGCCCCCGAGGAGCGGCGCCGCCUCCCCGCAGCACCCACCCACGCACGAAGCCCUCGGAGGACCCGCCCGGGCCCGCGGGGCGCCCACCCCGGCCCUUCCCCGCAGGGAGCGGCCUCCUGCCCGCGGGCCUCACCCCGCGGCUCCCCCCACUCGCGCUUGUGGCGACGGGCUUGUGUCAGCGGGGCCGGAAUAAACGCCUGUGUGUAA